CCCCGCCCCCCGCCCCCGGGCCCCCGGGGCUGCGAUGAGCCCCUGCGGGCGGGCCCGGCGACACACGUCCAGAGGGGCCAUGGCAAUACUGGCGUGGAAGUUCCCGCGGACCCGGCUCCCGGUGGGAGCCAGUGCCCUUUGCGUUGUGGUCCUCUGUUGGCUCUACAUCUUCCCGGUCUACCGGCUGCCCAACGAGAAGGAGAUCGUCCAAGGGGUGCUGCAACAGGGCACGGCGUGGAGAAGGAACCAGACGGCGGCCAGAGUCUUCAGGAAACAGAUGGAAGACUGCUGUGACCCCGCCCAUCUCUUUGCUAUGACUAAAUUGAAUUCCCCCAUGGGGAAAAGCAUGUGGUAUGAUGGGGAGUUUUUAUACUCAUUCACCAUUGACAAUUCAACUUAUUCUCUCUUCCCCCAGGCAACCCCAUUCCAGCUGCCCUUGAAGAAAUGCGCGGUGGUGGGAAAUGGUGGGAUUCUGAAGAAGAGUGGCUGUGGCCGUCAAAUAGAUGAAGCAAAUUUUGUCAUGCGAUGCAAUCUUCCUCCUUUGUCAAGUGAAUACACUAAAGAUGUUGGAUCUAAAAGUCAUUUAGUGACAGCUAACCCCAGCAUAAUCCGGCAAAGGUUUCAGAAUCUACUAUGGUCCAGAAAGACAUUUGUGGACAACAUGAAAAUCUAUAACCACAGUUAUAUCUACAUGCCUGCCUUUUCUAUGAAGACAGGAACAGAGCCAUCUCUCCGGGUUUAUUAUACACUCUCAGAUGUUGGUGCCAAUCAAACAGUGCUCUUCGCCAACCCCAAUUUUCUGCGUAGCAUUGGAAAGUUCUGGAAAAGUAGGGGAAUCCAUGCUAAGCGCUUGUCCACAGGACUCUUUCUGGUGAGUGCAGCUCUGGGCCUCUGUGAAGAGGUAGCUAUUUAUGGGUUCUGGCCCUUCUCUGUGAAUAUGCAUGAGCAGCCCAUCAGCCACCACUACUAUGAUAACGUCUUGCCCUUUUCUGGCUUCCAUGCCAUGCCAGAGGAAUUUCUCCAGCUCUGGUAUCUUCAUAAAAUCGGUGCACUGAGGAUGCAGCUAGACCCAUGUGAAGACACUUCACUUCAGCCCACUUCCUAGGGACCGUGGAAAAAGAAAGAACUGAGCCCAGGGUAUUUUUGUUAGGUUUUCUACAUGACUCCAAAAGGAAUGGUCAAGUCAUUUCAUGGAUUCACAUGGGCCACAUGGAAAAACAAAAUAAAACAACUACGAAAAACCAAGAGAAACUCCACUUUGGAUGUUGGCUUGGAGGACAAAUAAGAAAUGAAACAUCCUGUGAAAUAUUUUGUAGCACAUUGUGGAUUUGCAACUAGUAACAUGCUGGUGAAAUGCUGUUGGUAAAGCACGUUUACAUGGUUCAAAGCUAGAAGAUGCAGUUCUCAAGACAGAACUCCAGUUGUUGAAGCUGAAGAAUUAAUCAAGGUAGAAUAAAGGAAAUGCCGGACAAAGUGUUACGGAUUAUCAACACAAUCUGGCUUUAGAGAAAAACCUAUCUUAUAUCUUAGAACCAUAGGUUUUUAAAAAAUUAUUAUUUAUUUUUGCCCUAUUUAGGGGCAGUGAGUGGGUGAUGAGGUAGAUAAAAAGAAAAUUCCUUACUGAGUAAUAAAGAUACAAAACACUACAGCUAGUUCUUGUGAUUUGUUGAACCAAGUCUAUGUUAACUCUAGUUUCCCUCCAUUUAAAAAAUGUUGAAUAAGAAUUGCUUCCUCCCCUUUUGUCAAGUCUACUUAGAGGAUGCGAAGCAUUGUUGAAUUUAGACUGUGUUGAUUCAUAGUCUGAUUAACAUGAGCCACUUUCCCUCCUUCUCAGAAUUGAGGGCAUAAACUCAAUUUUAGGUCUGCAUUAUUUAAGCCUGUUUGUAUUAUUAUGUUAUUUUAGUGCAGAAAGACUGCAAAUGUGAGUGCGUUAUUUAUUUGCAAAUUGGCAUAAUUGUCUUCUUAAUUUAAUUAUCAGAGAUAAAGUAAAGCACAAUGAUGUAAAGUUUAGUCUGGAAACAGGACUGGAAAGCACAUCCCUUUUAUAUCUACUAUGGUAUAUUCACUCCAAGAUACACACACACAAGUAAAACGUGUAUUUAUGUACGCACACUCACACACAGUUAAACAAAGCUCAUCCCCAUGCAGCUAAGAAAGUUGAACCCACAUGACUUAGGAUGGCAAAAAUCUGUAACCAUUGUUGAAGAGCUACAUACAAAUGUAUAUUGUGUACUACACAUCACUACACCUUGAUAUAAGACAAGCCAGCUGACAGGUUGCUGCUCAUAAUGCUCACACUAGCAUGACCUCCAAAUGCUUACCCAAAAUGAGCAGAAUUGUUUUACUCAUUCUGACUCUCCCUAACAUCUCACACAUCAUGAAUGAACCAUGUAUUGAGCGUGGUCACACAUGCAUGGUUCAUACAAGCAAAGGGAUGUGAAUUCAUAGAUGUUGAUUCCCUUGGUAGUAGCAGGUAAGGCUACUUAGAAAACUUUUUACAUAAGCUUUGACAAACUGCAAACAAACUCUACUAACAGAUUAUAGGCAGUUAAAUAUGUUUACAUGUAUGAGGAAGGUAAAGGGAGCCUCUUACUGUCUUUGUGCUUUGGAAUGCCUUAAUCUAAAAGGAGACACUAGAAAUCACUAUUUUUAUUCUUUUCAAUGUACCAAUAUAUAGAUAAGUUACGCUAAACAUUCUACUUCAAAAUAUAGAUAAGUUAUGCUAAACAUUCUACUUCAUUUUUAAUGGUAGAAACUUAGUUUACCAUAUAAAUUAAAACAGGUGGCAGGUUUGGGUGGGUUAAUUUAAAAGACAUUGAGAAAACAAAGCCCUUGGGAAAAUUCUGUUUCACCACCAGAAUAGAUGGUUUCUAAGUAAGAUUAAAUUUUGAGGUUAUCAUAGAAAUCAGUUAAAAAUGACUGCUUGACACAACAGAUUAUAUUGAUGCUUAGAAAGUUAAGAAUUUGAGAAUAUUGAUUCCAUGCUCAAUAACAGAACUGAUUUGUUAUUUUAAUCCUAUAUGCCAGCAAAAAUGUAAUGAGAAUUACUGUGAGUAAGCUGUGUUAAAUACUCACUGGAUGUGAAACCUUAAACCUAUUUCCUUUUUAGAGCCAUUGUUAUUAUUUAAUAAUUACCUUAAUAAGGAAUACAUUUUUACCUAUACAUGUCAUCAAAGAUAUAAAAGGGCUAAUGAAAAACACAUGCCACACAAAUUAGUACUUUAACUGAUAAAAUUGUUCAAAUGUGAGUAAAGAGCUCCAUAAAGCCCAUGCGUCACAGUUCCACUGAAGCUGCUAUUUGGAAAUUGUACAUCUUGUUACGAUUUCUGGGAUAGAUUUAUACUAUAAGUUAUGCAAUUUUUAGACUGUGAAUUUGUGGCUUCUGAAAGGCAGAACAGAAAUGGCCCAAGAUGAUAAUGUUCAAUUAGACCAGUACUUCUCAACUGGGGUGUUUCCCCUCCCCCAUCUGGUGACUUUCAGCAGUGUGUAAAGACAUUUCUGAUUGUCAUGAUUUGGAGGGUGCUACUGGCAUCUAGUGGACAGAAGCCAGGAAUCCUGCUAAACAUCCUGCAGUGCAGAGGUCAGCUCCCCCACCCCCAGCAAAGAAUUACCCAGUCUAAAAUAUUAACAGUGUCAAGGUUGAGAAACCCUGAAUUAGACCAAAAGAAUACUUUGACUUCUCCGAAUUGUCUUCACUUAAGGAUAUAUAUACACACUGACAUCAUUUGAAAUAUGACUACAGUUAAAUGAGAAUGUGUUCUUAGAGUAGAUUGCAGUUGCUAUUAUUUUAUACUGACAACUCAUAGGUAUGCCAUACAUAUUGCCUUUUUCAUGGUUAGAUGUAUCUAGACUAGGAGUAUGACUGUGCUUGUGUGUGUGUACACAUAUGUAUUGUGGCAUAAAGUUAUGCGUAUCUAUCCUUAUUGAAAUAUAUGUGUUCCUAAGUGAAGAUCUUUCCAGAAUUAUCUGGCAGAGUAGUCUGGAAUACUCUAUUACUAUUAAGAAGUUGAAAUCUAAGCACUUAUUAUUUUAUUUUGUUUAUCUGGAAUUGGGCCUCAUACUUUGACGAAUUUGGUCAAUUAUGUUUUAAUACUACUGACCCUUAACAUUAGCUCAGAAGAUACUCAGGUUAUGGGAGACACAGUCAGUAAGAAAAUAUUUCAUUAUUUUCAAUGCAUCUGCCUAGAGAGGAUGUCACCCUCUAAUUUUUUUAAAAGGUUUUAUUUAUUUAUUCAUGAGAGACACAGAGAAAGAGGCAGAGACAUAGUCCGCAGGGACCCCGAAGCAAGACUCGAUCCCAGGACCCCAGGAUCAUGACCUGAGCCAAAGUCAGAUACUCUGAGCCAUCCAGGCAUCCCAUUGGUCUAAUUUUUAAAUUUGCUUUUUAUUGACAAAAAUUAGGCUGCUCUAUGGGGGCAGUAGAAGAUAUAUCUUGAAAAUGGAUACCUGAUAGGAUUUUUACCUUUUAUCAGUCCCAAUUUAAGAAUUGCAUUGAUGCUAAGGAUCAUGAAUAAGGUGACCUCUGUUUAAUUUUAAUUACACUUCAGUAAAAUUAAGAUGAGUGAAGGAUGAAAUCAUUCUCUAAGCUAGAAAAGUGAUUUUUUUUAUAUGAAAGAUUUUUAUAUGGAAGAAGAAAAUGGAAACCUAUGCUUUAUGUAGAGUCUGACCAACAGUUUAUUUUCUUUACUUUUACUUUUUAGAUUUUUAAAAUUUAUUUGAGAGAGCGAGAGUAUGAAUGAGAGAGACAGAGAAGGAGCAGAGGGAGAGAGAAAGGGAGAAGCAGCCUCCCCACUGAGCAGGGAGCCUGAUUUUGGGUUUGAUCCUGGGACUCUGGGAUCAUGACCUGAGCAGAAAGCAGACACCUAAUGGACUAAACUACCCAGGUGCCUCUGACCAACAGUUUAUACAGCACUGUGCAUCUAAACUACAAUCAAUACAUGAAGUUAAGUAGUGCCAUGGAAUUUUAUUCCUAUAUAGUUCACUUUUGUUUUAACAAAGUAAAUAUUCCAAAAUAAUAGAAAUGACCCCAAAUGGUAGAUAUUCAGACAAUACCUGUUUGGUUUUGCAAUGUCUUAUGUCCUACAAACCUUUUUAGAUUAUAUGUAAGUUGUACCUGGAGCAAUGGACAGCACAGCCUCACAAUCUACAUGGAAAUUAAUGCAAGAAAUCCCAGGGUUCCAAAUUGGACAAAAAUAUUCUUAGAUUCGUCAGAAGCUUUACAGAAGUGGUAUAUAUGAUUCCCAAAUAGAAAGCAUAUCAAGCAUAUUUCUUCUGGUCAGCAACUAUUGCAGUUUUCUAGUUUAUUAUAUGAAGCUUUCUAUUUCUUUGAAAAAAAUCAGCCAUCAUUUUGAGUUUCAUGUUUCAAAAUAUUGGCCUUGUUAAAUUUUUAACUGAUAAAUCUUUAUCAGGAGGGACUUCCAAGAAAAAACCCGCCACAGUCCACCAACGCCUUUAGGGAAUUCUUAAUGUGUUGUACAAAACCGUUCCCACCAGAACCAGGUAAUAAUAUCUGCUCUGUUUCUAGAGUGCCAAGGAUCAAGGGCUGGAAAGACUUUUGUGAGAACCUGAGGACAAAUAUGUGGAGGAAUAAGGACUGAGAGUAAUGUUGUGCUUUUUACUUCCCUCUUCUCAGGCUAGAGGUCUACUCUCAGAUUAUGACUUUUUGAUGAGCACACGUCAGGAAGUGGUAAACAAGUACAAGGCACCUGAAACUUCGGCCAACCUCUAGCAAAGUCUGUAAUAACUAUAGGUAACUAUGACCAGCGAUUUGGGUCUGGGUGCCGGGAAGAGGAGGAGGCAAGUGGAAAGGAGGAGAAAACUGUACUCCCAAACUCUCAGAGUACCUAAGGAUAAGUCUCUGCCCUUGACCUUGACUUUCCAGCACCAUCUAUUUCUAUCCACUACCAGGGAAAAUGGCCUGACUGUUGGGUCAAGCUAGUAGCCUUGUGACUGGAGAGUUGGUGUGGAAAUUUGCUGAGAAGCUUAAAAUUUUAUACUGCCUUAAACAGUUUUUUUUUUUUUUUCUUAAAUUUGUGCUCUCUAAAUUUGGAUGUCCUGUGACUGAAUUCUGGUCACCCUGACCUAAUUAUGGCCCUGUCAGUGAUGAUUAAAAAUGGAGCUUUUUUCCCACUCAGAUGAAUUUUCUGAAUUCUUGAAGCUAGGGAGAUAGCAAAUAUAGUUGACCCUUGAAUGACACAGGUGAGAACUACACAGGUCUGUUAUACACAGAUUUUUUUUUAUAAAUAUAGUACAGUACUGUAAAUGUAUUUUCCUUAUGAUUUUCUAAAUAACAUUUUAUUUUCUCUAGCUUACUUCACUGUAAGAAUAUAGUAUAUUGUACAAAAUAUGUGUUAAUCAACUGUUUAUGUUGUUGAUAAGGCUUCCAGGCAAUAAUAGGCAUAAUAGUUACGGAGUAGUUAUGUUUUGGGGGAGUCAAAAGUUAUAUGCAGAUUUUUUAUUAUACGGAGGGGUUGACGCCUUAGAUCCCCGCAUUGUUCAGGAGUCAACUAUGUUCUAUAGUUCUCACAUAGUCUCUUUGAAAGCUGAGGAGACUGGUCCAAAAGAAUCCUGGAGCCUAGAAUGUUUGUUUGUGACUCCGAAAGAUGAGGACAGAAUAUUUAGGUUGAACACUGUAAGAUUCCUAUUUUGUAAGUGGAAAGAGAUUUAGAUGAAGCUACAAUUGCUGUAGACCUUUUUCUUCCUAUCAUAAGAAAAUGGUUUCUGUUGGCUUUAUCCACAGCCUAGGCAUGUCUCUUGAAUUAUUUACAUUCCUACUAGAGGUGAGAGAUUGAACCAAGUGCUUGAAAGGAAAGCUCAUUCAAACAUAAGACAGCCUCUGCUCAUCAUCACAAUAAAGAAAAAGUAUGUUUCCGUUUCCUUCUGAUUUUCUUCUUUCUGAUGCCAACAUUUCUGAUUUCUUCCCCCUAAGAAGGAAUAAAUAACAUUAUAAAUUGACAUAUAAUAUCUGUGAACAUUUGUGUGAUAACCAACUAUAACUUUUUUAAAGCACAAGAGAGGAAUUAUCUUUUGUUCAUGGUCAUUUAUUUGCCUCCCUCCUCUGUGUUCUUAUUGAUCUCUGCAUUGUGAUAAAGUCCUUUCUAAUUUUGCGUUCCUAUUAAGGCUGUCAGAUAUAAUCAAUGAUGCAAAGCUGCCUGGGACUUUUAUAGAAUAAUAUUCAAAUCUAUUGAUCAUGUCUCUUUCUGCUUCUAUAUAAUUAGAUUUUCUCCAGUUAUUUGUCAUUUUAAAAGCAUAUGUGUUGCGUGAUACCAAUAAACAUCUAAGAGAUAAGAGUUUAUCCAGGGCAGAGAAAAUUUGGAGUCAGAUAUGUCUGUUUUUCUCUGCAUCAUAAGUGAAAUGGAAAAUUGUGAUAAAAAAGGGUUUAACCAAAAAGAAAAAGAGAAAGAUAAAACCAGGAUUUUAAUUGUGAAGGACCCCUGGGAGGGAUCUUAGUAUGAAUCUAAGCUCAGAGUGCAGAGGCUGUUGUUAGUCUUUGAGUGCAGUCCCAAGAAUAGAACCUUUCAAAACAUUUUAAAGGAAAUAUAUUGUUAUGCAGUUGUUAUGGCUCAUGAUGAAAAGACGCUAGAGGAAGCAGCGUGAGAGCCAGAUUGUGAGACACAUAGGGAAGAAAACGGAGGAGCGGCACCAGUUUACCUACUUGGGCCCUCCUGCCCAUCUCUGAGUCGUGCUUUCCUUGGUGUCAAAGCUAGGAUAUGUAAACACUGCCAUUCUCAUAGCCCCUUUUUAUCUCCACUUUGACGCAUACACAAGAUUAUUAUUUAGCUCUCCUGUCAUAAUGAGGCAGCGAUAGUAGAAAGUGUCACUUUGAACAUCACCCUUUGAGACAUGGCCACCAUAUGCUAUGCAUGGUGACAGUUGUAAAGAUUUAGAUGUGUUUUCUCCCCUCUGUUCUAGUGUAAACACACACAGAUACACAGACAUAGACACACACACACACACACACACACACACACACACACACACCCUUGCAUUAUUUAUUCCCAUUGAAAAGAGAAAAAUGGCUGAUGAGGGUGGGGGUGGCAGAGGGUGCCUUAACUUUGUCUGGCUUGGCUCCCUCUUCCUUCUGUAUUUCCUUCCUGUCCCCCUGUCACUUUAAAGGUGUAGCCAUGUGUAUUCCAAGUUGUACCUUUACCAUCAGCAAGGAUUCUUAUAAAUGUAGUGAAAUGUGACUAUUUUAUAUAAAUGCACAAUAGUAUAUAGGCCUUGGAGACGUCUGAUAACGGUAUGUAAAUAUCCUUUGUUGAAGUAGUAGAACCUUCUCAUAGAGAGCUCCUUAGGUGAUAGCUACAGGAAAGCUAAAAAUGAUUAGAUUAAAAAUGUUUGUUUCUCCAGCAAACACUAGCAUUCAUGGAAGCAAAGAAACAGUUUGUUUCUGUUUCUCAUUUGCUCUUAAGCACCAAUUCUUUGGGCUUUCUUAUCCGUAAGUUACUAUAGACAUCCCUCCCAUAAUAUACAGGAUUCACCAUUUGUGGUGAUUGAUGGUCACAGGGGUACAUCAGAGUCAGAGACACUAGAGGGAAGGGGAGAGAACAGACAAGGAAAGCUCCAUUGAAAAGCUUAUGUAAUUUUUAAAAAGUCUAGAACAUUAUUAGAACUCUAGUGACCACAGUACAGUUGGCCUGAAAAGCUUUGAAAGAGAAACGUUUCUCACUGGUCUCUUUAAUUGGAUUAUUGCACCCUAUAUAUCAUUCCACAUGUGUGCAAGCUCUUUUUCAGAAAAUUUGCAGACUGGAGGUAAGAGAAAGAUAGAAAAAUAAUUCUUUCUCGUACAAUGUGGUUUGACUACCAGGCCAUGGAUGCAAUAAUUCUGGAAAAGAUUUUUUAGAUUAGACUAUAAAAUUGAACUCACUUUUGAAGUAUAGAUGAAAUUACUUUUUCCUAAUAAGACUAAAUUCCAUUGGCAGGAGGUAUGCGGGAAAUCAGUGCUCUUCAUUUCUUCUUCUUUUUAAAAGUUUCAUAUAAAAGGUAGCAGGUAAAAAAAAAACUUUAAUUGGCACUUUUUAUAGUGUGACUUGAAAAAACAGUAUCUAUCUUGGUUGGUUCUGCUGAGUGGUUUCUACAAAAUCUAAAUGCGAUGUCAUAGGAGGAGGUUUGCUGUAAAAACAUGUCUUUUUCUUUGGUGUGUUCAUUGUAAUUAUGGCUGGUAGUGAGAAGGUUCAGUAAGUCUCAAUUUCUCUACCUCCCUUACUUGGAGAAAAUUUGGAAAUGUACCCUGUGAAUAAAAUGAUUUUUUUAUA